AUGUCUACGGACGCUGAGAUGGCCAUCUUUGGGGAGGCAGCUCCUUACCUCCGAAAGUCAGAAAAGGAGAGAAUCGAGGCUCAGAACAAGCCUUUCGAUGCCAAGACAUCAGUCUUCGUGGUACAUGCCAAAGAAUCCUAUGUGAAAAGCACAAUCCAGAGCAAAGAAGGAGGAAAGGUCACAGUCAAGACUGAAGGUGGAGAGACUCUGACCGUGAAGGAAGAUCAAAUCUUCUCCAUGAACCCUCCCAAGUAUGACAAAAUCGAGGAYAUGGCCAUGAUGACCCACCUCCAUGAGCCCGCUGUGCUGUAUAACCUCAAAGAGCGUUAUGCAGCCUGGAUGAUCUACACCUACUCGGGUCUCUUCUGUGUCACUGUCAACCCCUACAAGUGGCUGCCGGUGUACAACCCGGAGGUGGUGUUGGCCUACCGAGGCAAAAAGCGCCAGGAGGCCCCUCCGCACAUCUUCUCCAUCUCUGACAACGCCUAUCAGUUCAUGUUAACUGAUCGCGAGAAUCAGUCAAUCCUGAUCACCGGAGAAUCCGGGGCAGGCAAGACUGUGAACACCAAGCGUGUCAUCCAGUACUUUGCAACAAUUGCAGCCAGCGGRGAUAAGAAGAAGGAGGAGCAGCCACAACAGGCAGGCAAAAUGCAGGGGACACUUGAGGAUCAAAUCAUCAGUGCCAACCCCUUGCUGGAGGCUUUUGGAAAUGCCAAGACCGUGAGGAAUGACAACUCCUCACGCUUUGGUAAAUUCAUCCGAAUCCAUUUUGGAGCCACAGGAAAACUGGCUUCUGCUGAUAUUGAAACAUACCUGCUGGAGAAGUCCAGAGUCACUUUCCAGCUCAAAGCGGAAAGAAGCUACCACAUAUUUUACCAGAUCAUGUCCAACAAGAAGCCAGAGCUAAUUGAGAUGCUACUGAUCACCACCAAUCCAUAUGAUUAUCAUUAUGUGAGUCAAGGUGAAAUCACAGUUCCCAGCAUAAAUGACCAGGAAGAGCUGAUGGCCACAGACAGUGCCAUUGACAUCCUGGGCUUCACUGCUGAUGAAAAGACCGCCAUCUACAAGCUGACAGGAGCUGUCAUGCACUAUGGAAACCUAAAGUUUAAGCAGAAGCAGCGUGAGGAGCAGGCAGAACCAGAUGGCACAGAAGUUGCUGACAAGGCUGCCUACCUCAUGGGUCUGAAUUCAGCUGAUCUGCUCAAGGCUCUGUGCUAUCCCCGUGUCAAGGUUGGGAAUGAAUUUGUGACCAAAGGUCAAACCGUGCAGCAGGUAUACAAUUCAGUAGGUGCCCUGGCCAAGGCUGUCUUUGAGAAGAUGUUCUUGUGGAUGGUUGUUCGCAUCAACCAGCAGCUGGACACCAAACAGCCCAGACAGUACUUCAUUGGUGUGCUGGACAUUGCUGGUUUUGAGAUCUUUGAUUUCAACAGCCUGGAGCAGCUCUGCAUCAACUUCACCAAUGAGAAACUGCAACAGUUCUUCAACCACCACAUGUUUGUGCUGGAGCAAGAGGAGUACAAGAAGGAAGGCAUUGAAUGGGAGUUCAUUGACUUUGGGAUGGACCUGGCUGCCUGCAUUGAGCUCAUUGAGAAGCCCAUGGGCAUCUUCUCCAUCCUGGAAGAGGAGUGCAUGUUCCCCAAGGCAACUGACACCUCUUUCAAGAACAAACUCUAUGACCAGCACCUGGGCAAGUCCAACAACUUCCAGAAGCCCAAGCCUGCCAAAGGCAAGGCUGAGGCCCACUUCUCCCUGGUGCACUACGCUGGCACAGUGGACUACAACAUCUCUGGCUGGCUUGACAAGAACAAGGACCCCCUGAAUGAAACUGUUGUGGGGCUCUACCAGAAAUCAUCUCUGAAGACAUUGGCUUUACUCUUUGCCUCUGCCGGAGGAGAGGCAGAGAGUGGUGGUGGCAAGAAGGGGGGCAAGAAGAAGGGUUCUUCCUUCCAAACGGUCUCAGCUCUUUUCAGGGAGAACCUAAACAAGCUGAUGACCAAUCUACGGAGCACUCAUCCUCAUUUUGUGCGCUGCAUCAUUCCCAAUGAAACCAAAACACCUGGUGCCAUGGAGCAUGAACUGGUGCUUCACCAGCUACGCUGUAACGGUGUGCUGGAAGGGAUCAGAAUCUGCAGGAAGGGAUUCCCCAGCAGAAUCCUCUAUGCAGACUUUAAACAGAGGUACAAGGUGCUUAAUGCAAGUGCCAUCCCCGAGGGACAGUUCAUUGACAGCAAGAAGGCUUCUGAGAAGCUCCUUGGCUCCAUUGAUGUGGACCACACCCAGUACAAAUUUGGUCACACCAAGGUGUUCUUCAAAGCUGGGCUGCUGGGGCUCCUGGAGGAGAUGAGAGAUGAGAAGCURGCACAGCUCAUCACUCGCACACAGGCCAGAUGCAGGGGCUUYCUCAUGAGAGUGGAGUACCAGAGAAUGGUGGAGAGGAGGGAGUCCAUCUUCUGCAUUCAGUACAAUGUCCGGUCCUUCAUGAAUGUCAAGCACUGGGCCUGGAUGAAGCUUUUCUUCAAGAUCAAGCCYUUGCUGAAGAGCGCAGAAUCAGAGAAGGAGAUGGCCAAUAUGAAGGAAGAGUUUGAGAAAACCAAGGAAGAGCUUGCAAAGUCUGAGGCAAAGAGGAAGGAGCUGGAGGAGAAAAUGGUGGCUUUGAUGCAGGAGAAAAAUGACCUGCAGCUCCAAGUGCAGGCUGAAGCAGAUGCUUUAGCUGAUGCUGAGGAAAGAUGUGACCAGCUGAUCAAAACCAAAAUCCAGCUGGAAGCCAAAAUCAAGGAAGUGACAGAAAGGGCCGAGGAUGAAGAGGAAAUCAAUGCUGAGCUGACAGCCAAGAAGAGGAAACUGGAGGAUGAAUGCUCAGAGCUGAAGAAAGAUAUUGAUGACCUGGAGUUAACGUUGGCCAAAGUUGAGAAGGAAAAGCAUGCCACUGAAAACAAGGUCAAAAACCUCACUGAGGAGAUGGCAGCUCUGGAUGAGAGCAUUGCCAAGCUGACAAAAGAGAAAAAGGCCCUCCAAGAGGCCCACCAGCAGACACUGGAUGACCUGCAGGCGGAAGAGGACAAAGUCAAUACGCUGACAAAAGCUAAAACCAAGCUGGAACAGCAAGUGGAUGAUCUUGAAGGGUCCCUGGAGCAGGAGAAGAAACUGCGCAUGGACCUUGAGAGAGCCAAGAGGAAACUGGAGGGGGACCUGAAGUUGUCCCAUGACAGCAUAAUGGACUUGGAAAAUGAUAAGCAGCAGUUGGAUGAGAAACUCAAGAAGAAAGACUUUGAAAUCAGCCAGAUCCAGAGCAAGAUCGAGGAUGAACAAGCCCUGGGCAUGCAAUUGCAGAAGAAGAUCAAGGAGUUGCAGGCGCGAAUUGAGGAACUGGAGGAGGAAAUUGAGGCCGAGCGGACCUCUCGCGCCAAAGCAGAGAAGCAUCGGGCUGACCUCGCCAACAGUGAAGUGGCCCAGUGGAGGACCAAAUAUGAGACGGAUGCCAUUCAGCGCACGGAGGAACUGGAGGAGGCCAAGAAGAAGCUGGCACAGCGUCUGCAGGAUGCCGAGGAACACGUUGAGGCUGUGAACUCCAAAUGUGCUUCCCUGGAAAAGACAAAGCAGCGGCUGCAGAAUGAAGUGGAGGACCUGAUGAUUGAUGUGGAGAGGUCGAACGCAGCUUGUGCAGCUCUGGACAAGAAGCAGAAGAAUUUCGACAAGAUCCUGUCAGAGUGGAAGCAGAAGUAUGAGGAAACACAGGCUGAGCUGGAAGCCUCCCAGAAGGAGGCUCGCUCUCUCAGCACRGAGCUKUUCAAGAUGAAGAAUGCCUAUGAGGAGUCCCUGGACCACCUGGAAACCCUGAAGCGGGAGAACAAGAACUUGCAGCAGGAGAUUUCUGACCUCACGGAGCAGAUUGCAGAGGGAGGAAAGGCUGUCCAUGAGCUGGAGAAAGCGAAGAAGCAGGCUGAGCAGGAGAAAUCUGAGCUCCAAGCAUCUCUGGAGGAAGCUGAGGCCUCCCUGGAACAUGAGGAGGGGAAGAUCCUGCGCCUCCAGCUGGAGCUCAACCAGAUCAAGUCUGAGAUUGACCGGAAGAUAGCAGAAAAAGAUGAGGAAAUUGAACAGCUGAAGAGAAACCAUCUCCGAGUUGUGGAGUCCAUGCAGAGCACGCUGGAUGCUGAGAUCAGGAGCAGGAAUGAAGCCCUGAGGCUGAAGAAGAAGAUGGAGGGAGACCUGAAUGAAAUGGAGAUCCAGCUGAGCCAYGCCAACCGCCAGGCAGCAGAUGCACAGAAGAAUCUAAGAAAUGCACAGGGAGUGCUCAAGGAUACCCAGAUCCACUUGGACGAUGCUAUCAGGUCACAGGAGGACCUGAAGGAGCAGGUGGCCAUGGUGGAGCGCAGAGCCAACCUGUUGCAGGCUGAAGUAGAGGAGCUACGGGCAGCCCUGGAGCAGACRGAGCGGUCCAGGAAAGUGGCUGAGCAGGAGCUGCUGGAUGCAAGUGAGCGUGUGCAGCUCCUCCAUACCCAGAACACCAGCUUGAUCAACACCAAGAAGAAGCUGGAAACAGACAUUUCCCACAUUCAGAGUGAAAUGGAGGACACAAUCCAGGAAGCCCGCAACGCUGAAGAGAAGGCCAAGAAAGCCAUCACAGAUGCAGCCAUGAUGGCAGAAGAGCUGAAGAAGGAGCAGGACACGAGUGCCCACCUGGAGAGGAUGAAGAAGAACUUGGACCAGACAGUGAAGGACCUGCAGCACCGUCUGGAUGAGGCUGAGCAGCUGGCACUGAAAGGAGGCAAGAAGCAAAUCCAGAAGCUGGAGGCCAGGGUGCGCGAGCUGGAAGGGGAGGUUGAUUCCGAGCAGAAGCGCAGCGCUGAAGCCGUGAAGGGUGUGCGCAAAUACGAGAGGAGGGUGAAGGAGCUGACCUACCAGUCUGAAGAAGACCGGAAGAAUGUUCUCAGACUCCAGGAUCUGGUAGAUAAGCUGCAGAUGAAGGUGAAAUCCUACAAGAGGCAAGCUGAGGAAGCUGAGGAGCUGUCCAAUGUCAACCUCUCCAAAUUCCGCAAGAUCCAGCACGAGCUGGAGGAAGCCGAGGAGCGGGCUGACAUUGCGGAGUCGCAGGUCAACAAGCUCCGAGCCAAGAGCCGCGAGUUUCAUAAGAAGGCAGAAGAGGAGGAAUGA